GCCAUUUUUAUUAUUUCUGUAUCUGUCGGCGUUGGGCUUUGUAAGCAUUUAAUAAAAAAGUUUUCUGGCGAGAAGUUAUAAGAUUUGUAGAUAAAAAUUAUUAUAUAUAUUGGUGAAAAUAAAAAUAAGUGUCUGCAAAAAAAGUGAUCACGUAAAUUUCAUAUUUUGGUCAAGAUGAAAAGCGAAGGCAAUGAGAAUUCUAACGAUAGCCGCGAGAAAGAACGCGAUCGUCGUGGACGUGGAGCACGUGCGUCAAGGUUUUCCGACGCCGAUGCCAGUGGUGGUGGAAGCGGAGGCGCUGGUGGCAGUAGCAACUCUGGUGGAAACGCUAACCGUGAUCGCAGUCGUGAGCGCCGCAAUUGCCGAGUUUAUAUUUCCAAUAUACCCUACGACUAUCGUUGGCAAGAUCUAAAGGACUUAUUCCGGCGUAUUGUUGGAUCUGUAGAAUACGUUGAAUUAUUCCACGAUGAAAAUGGCAAGGCUCGUGGAUGUGGUAUUGUUGAAUUUAAAGAUCCAGAUAAUGUAGAGAAAGCUUUGGAAAAGAUGAAUCGCUACGAGAUAAAUGGACGUGAACUUGUGGUGAAAGAGGAUCAUGGUGAGCAGCGCGAUCAGUAUGGUCGUAUUGUGCGCGAUGGAGGUGGAUCUGUACGUGGAGGUGGUGGUGGCGGCGGUAUGGUCGGUGGGGACAUGGGCGACCGGGAUAGAGGAUUUUCUCGCCGAGAUGAUGACAGAUCUGGACGUAAUAAUUUUAACAUGAUGUCCAAUGAUUUUAAUAAUUCAUCGAAUUACAAUUUGUAUGGUCUUUCUGCUUCGUUUUUGGAGAGUCUGGGCAUAAGUGGACCUUUGCAUAAUAAGGUCUUUGUUGCUAAUCUGGAUUAUAAAGUCGAUACCAAGAAACUUAAACAAGUUUUCAAAUUGGCUGGGAAAGUACAGAGCGUGGAUUUAUCUGUUGACAAAGAGGGCAAUAGUCGCGGCUUCGCAGUUGUAGAGUACGACCAUCCGGUAGAAGCUGUACAGGCCAUAUCCAUGCUGGACCGGCAAAUGCUCUUCGAUCGUCGCAUGACAGUGCGCUUGGAUCGCAUUCCAGACAAGGGUGAAGGAUUAAAAUUACCCGAAGGUUUGGGCGGUGUAGGUAUUGGGCUCGGUCCGAAUGGUGAACCAUUAAAGGAUGUUGCGCGGAACUUGCCGAGCAUUAUUCAACAACAACAGAAUCAACCGACGCAAGCGCCGAUGUCCUCGCAAGGUGGUGGAGGCUCUAAUAUUCUGGGUAAUAUGGUGGCUAAUUUGAGCGGUGGUGGGGCCGGCGGUGGUGGUAAUAGCGGAAUGUUCAACAAUCAACCCGUGCAGCCAUCACCGGUUGCACCAGUUGUGCAGGCUGCAGCAAAGUCACUGAGCAAUAAUUCAGCCGGACUCAAUUUAGGUAAUCUGUCUUCAACGAAUUUGGCGGCUUUGUCUAAUGUAGUUGGCGGUCUCGGUGCUGCACUUUCCAAUCCAUUGCUUACCACGUCUCUGAGUAAUCUUGGCUUGAAUUUGGGACAGUCAUCAGGCGGGAAUGAUGACUCCAUGUCGUCAGCCAAUGCAGCAUUGUCCAACAACUACAGCACUGGCGGCAAUAACUACCCUUCAGGAUUUGGAUCUUCGGGUUUUAAUUCGGGUAGUGGCGGUAAUACUGGUGGAGGUGGUGGCUUCAACGCAUACAACACCGGUAGUGGUAACAGUGGUGGUGGUGGAGGCGCUAUGGAUGGCAACGACUACAGUGGUGGUGGUGGUAGCAUGGACAUGUAUGUUGGCGGAGGCAGCGGCGGUGGUAAUGCAGGCAACGUAGGAAAUAAUCCACGCAAGUCAGAUACCAUUAUUAUUAAGAAUAUCCCACUAAGCUGCACUUGGCAGACUUUGCGCGACAAAUUUCGCGACGUCGGUGAAGUAAAAUUUGCUGAGAUUCGAGGAAACGACUUGGGUGUCGUACGAUUUUUCAAGGAGCGAGACGCUGAGCUGGCUAUAGCAUUGAUGGAUGGUUCUCGCAUGGAUGGUAGAACGAUUAAAGUUACAUAUUUCUAAGCUGGGGGAUGUUAUUCCCUUUAAAGCAUCAUAGGAAGAUAAGACGAAUUCUAGCCCGUAGAUUUCAUUAUUAUAAAUCACUAACAUCGCAACAAUCCCUGAUACUUUUUUGAUGACGUUAAUAGACGUUUGUGGGUGUACUUGUAUUAUUUAUAUUUUUUUUAUAAAAUAAGAAAACCUUUCUGAAAAUAUUGUAGGAACGACAAAACAUGGUAAUAGAGAUUGAGAAAUUUUACUUCCUGAUGAUUGAAAUAUAUUUCCAUUGUCGUUUAAACUGAAAACCAUGAUUAAAAUUAUAUGCUUUAUGACUCUGAAUAAAAGUAGAAAAUAA